AUGCAUGUUGAUUGUUCGCGAUCAUCUGAAGUCCCUGUUAGAUCAACGGAUGUUGUGAUCUCCAACAAUUUCACGAACAGCGCUUUUCAUGAUGACCAGGUUAUGGAUAAUGAACAAGCAUCCCAAGAUUCCCCUAUGCAGUUCAUGCCUGGUGCCGUUUCUGGAUCAUCUCAUGGUCCUUCUCUGUUUGUUGAAUCAUCACACGGCCAGUUAGACGGUUGGCCAUCGAAUCCAUACUUCGUUUUUGAUACCCCUCAGGGAACCCGUUACUGGAUUCCUAACGUCGCUGAUAAGUUCAUACCAGUGUGUGGGAAAUCUUAUCCAACUUUUGCGGAUGUUCUUUCCAUGUAUGAACUUUAUGCGUUUGAAGCAGGUUUUUCUGUAAAAAAAGGGCAAACUAAAGUCUGGAAUGGAAUUCCCACACACAAGUAUCUUCGAUGCUCAAAAUAUGGAAAACCACAACCCAAGAGGACUUUUGACACCCUAGAUGAAUCUUCUCUAAAGCACCGGAGGACCAAUUUCACAUGGUGUGACUGUAAGGCAAGCAUUCUAGUCUCAAUCUCGAAUGAUUCAUACACAGUUCUGAGUUUCAAUGAUAUUCAUAAUCAUGAACUUGUUGAGAGUUACAACUGUGAUCUUAGCAAGAUAUCACGAAAGCUGUCAUUCUCCACCAAACAAUUCAUUCACAAUAUGAGUCUAAACCGUAUCGGACCCAUGAGAGCUUAUAGAUGUCUUGUAGCUUUAAAAGGAGGGCAUCACAAUGUCAAUGGGACUCCGGUGGAUUUUAAAAACUUUAGCCACCAGUUGCGAAUUUUUAUUGGUGAACGCGACGCACAAGUUUUCCUCGAACACCUGCGUGAGCGCUUUGACAACCUACCCAACUUCUAUUUUGAUUACACUGUAUCAAAUGGAAAGUUGUCUUCUGUAUUUUGGGCUAAUGAGAUUUCAAAGCUAAACUACAAAGCUUUUGGCGAUGUCCUCGCCUUUGACGCAACUUACAGCACUAACAGGUACAAGAUGGUUUUUGUGCCAUUCACGGGUGUGGAUCAUCAUUUCCAAUGUGUUACAGUUGGAGCAGGCACACGGUAA